AUCUGCAUUUCAAGCCGUCAAAUCUGGCCUGCAAUUGAAUCUCUCUGCUUCAACCGGAUGCACGAACUCCCAUAAAGACUUAAUCUUAAAUUAUAUCUCCGACCACAUCCCUUCCACCGAGGCUGGAAUACCGGAGCAGUGCUUCCGAGCAGCCGUACUAUGCGGCGAUCAACCUCAAGCUGAGCUGUGGACUGUUGCCUCGUAUUAUCUGCGCUUCCAUGCAGGAAAGGAAUCUACUCCGUUAGACACAGUUUACGACUUGCUUUGCGAUAGUUCAACCUACCGCCAAAUGGCGACGGAACGAGCGGCACUAUAUCAGUCGAAGCCUCGAGCUUACGAGCACACUCGCCAACUGACCCGCGACCAUCUCUUGCUGAAUGAUAAAGACAAGGCAAUUGCUUUAUUGCUCAACACUGAACCUGAACAUGGCCAUUUUUACAGUAACCAUUUGUUGGCUUGCCUUGCUGCCAUAUUGCAACCGGCUGGGUGCCACGGAAAUGCUCACAGCACCUUGAAACUUGUAGCUACCCAUUUGAUAGCUUCGGGUCACAUCUGGCAAGGCGUGGAAAUUCUCAUUCUCAAUGGACAAGUGCCCGAUGCGUGUCGUUACCUUCAAGCCAAUCAUUUAUGGGAAGACUCGGCUCGGGUGGCUAAACUGUUAUUGAUGGAUAAAGGACAAGGUGAUGGAACUUCAGCAGAAGUGUCUGAAGCGAAAGAGAUAUGGACUCGUUGGGCUUCCCAUUUGAAUAAUUGCCGGCAAAAGUUUGGGGCUACUUUGAUUCUCAUCGCAGUUGGUGCAUGGCAUAAAGCAGCGGAACUUUUGGUUCAUCAACACAUGCAUGAUGCUGCUGCCUUGCUACUACGAGCUGCCCAUCAAAACGACCUGUACCAACCAAGAGACGCAACCGAAUUGGAAUUCAUGCAUGGUGUCUUUUGCCAGUAUGCCCGGCUUCUUUACGAAUCUGGCUGGCAGUCUGAGGCCAAAAUAUGGGCAGGGUAUGGUGGACCUAAUGGCCAACAGUUUAUCGACGAGUGGAAAAUCUUGGAUGUCGAUGCUGUGUCAAGCUCUUGAGGUUUAUAUCAUUUCACUUAUUCUAUUUUUUUGCACUUUCCGCAAAGACCGAGUCAUUCCAUAAUUUUUUGUACUACCAAAUUAUCUUGUUAUUAUCGUCUGUUUAUUAUAGCCAUUGCUCUAAA